AAAAUAAGAAAAAUAAGAAAAAGACCGACAGAGAUCAAACACGAGGAAAGCGAAACCCUGAUCAACCGACGGCCAGGAAAGUAAUCUGAUUUUCCAUCACUUUCUCGGGAAAAUCCUUUUGUCUCCCAAAUUCCGUUGCAGUUUGACUCAUGAACCUGUAGAAGGAGAUGGAUCCGGAGCAGACGUUUAUCCGAGUUCAAGAGCGGGUCUCGCAGAUGCUCACGCCCAAAGUGAGAGCUGCUCUGGAGUAUCUGUGCCUUUUCAUUGCCAUCACCUUGUUCUGUAUUCUUGUUGUUAUGCACGCCAAUUACGUUCAACAGCCUGGCUGUUCAAGUGAGCUGUCUGGAGUUCGGACAACAGAAGCUCAACUUAUCCAAAUUAAGAUAACUAGUGCUGGAUUAUGGUCACGUGAUGCGGCAGAACCUACUGGGACAGAUAUUCCUGACAUAAAACCUGUAUCAGAUAAAUUAGAGGUUGUAAGCGUAGAUGGGGAUGGAUUAACAUCUUCAGCUGAAAAAAUUUGGUUGAGUUGGAUUGCUUCCAGUACAAGGAGGGGCAAAUUGACACUGAAGUUUUGGAAGUCUGAUAAUGAACUUCUGGAACAUCAAGCUGACAGCUCUACCAAUAUCCAAGUCUCUAAGCCAAAAAUUGAUGGUAUAGUUUCAAAAGUUGAUAAAGAGGAACCGCGGAGUAGUUUUCCUUUAUCAGCUAGGGAGACUUUUAAAGCAGCACUUGUUCACUUUGGCAAAAAAUGGUAUAGACGAAUAUCAUUCGUUUGGAGGCAUCUAAUGCAAAUCAUUGGAAGUUUCUCAAAGCUGUGGAAUAUUGCUGGAAUACAUUUAAAUCUUGAUGUUCCAAAGUGGUUGCGUAUGCUUCAUUUGGAUAAGGUUAACUUGUAUGCAGUGCAGUUGCUUGAGAAUCAAAGCAAAACAUUUGAACCAACCUAUUUAUACACUAUGGAGAAGGGGUAUUUUUUGCUUCCUGAAAGCGCCAAGUCUCAGCAUAAUAUACGUACUGUUAACGUUAGUAUAUCAGCCCGACAUUCAUGCUUUGGGAACAGGUGGCAACAGCUCCUCAUAAAUAGAUUUGUUGGCUAUGAUACUAUUUUGAUGAAUAGUCUGUUGAGUUCUCCUGGUCAAGGUUAUCUUUAUAACUUUCAAACGAAGGAGUUCUAUAAUCUAAGUUAUGCACAAGAACCACCAGAAGGACCUGCAAGAUUUGGAGAUUACCUUGUGACCAAGUGUGGUGUGCUCAUGAUGUCACUGUUUGUGUUCUUUACAACCACAAUGUCAGUUUCAUUUACUUUGAGAGAGACACAAACUCGUAUGCUGAAGUUUACAGUGCAGCUUCAACACCAUGCCCGACACCGGCUUCCAACUUUUCAAUUAAUUUUUGUGCAUGUAAUUGAAUCACUAGUCUUUGUGCCGAUAAUGAUUGGUAUCUUGUUUUUUCUGUUUGAGUUUUAUGACGAUCAGCUGUUGGCUUUUGUGGUCUUAAUACUGGUCUGGUUGAGUGAACUAUUUACAUUAAUCAGUGUACGGACGCCAAUAUCAAUGAAGUUCUUUCCACGCUUCUUUUUGCUCUAUUUUCUGGUUUUCCACAUUUAUUUCUUUUCCUAUGCCUAUGGAUUUUCCUAUUUGGCGCUCUCGACAACUGCAGCUUUUAUGCAUCAUCUCAUCCUAUACUUCUGGAAUCGUUUUGAGGUGCCGGCGCUACAAAGGUUUAUGCAAAAUCGACGAUCACAACUUCAGCAACACCCGGAUUUCCAGAUUACCUCUUCGACUAUCCUGGCUUCAACUCUACACAUCACAAGAUUGAACACAAGAAAUCCCGGCCUAGUUAAUUCCGACUUGGCUACUGGGCCUGGGUUGAGACCCGUAUCAGAUCAAGCAGUGCCUGCAAAUGGAGCAGAAGAUCCUCGGUUUCAAGGACAAACAGAAAAUGCCGGUCCCGACAGGAUAGACGGUGACCUUAGGCAAACAGAUAAUGACCCUAACCCUGGGACUCUGAGUUCAUUCAGUUCUCUAUUACUGUGGAUCUUGGGAGGGGCUUCUUCUGAAGGCCUCAACUCUCUUCUUUCCAUUUUCAGAGAUGUGAGAGACCAAGGACAAGUUUAUGCCGAAUCCCCUGCGGCCGACAAUGGAACAAAUCAGGAUGUCAGAUAGUGUUUGCAGUCAAAGAUGUAUUUACUCGAUAGGUUUCCUUAACUUAAUGAUUAAUAUGGCCAAUGUUUUUGCUGUAAAAACAUGUUUGUAUAGGAACUGUGUAUGAGCAUUAAAAAAAAAAAAAGAAAAAGAAAAAAGAAUCACAGGUUUCCUCUGGCUUUUAGAGAAAUGAAUAGAUAAAUGUAUGUACAUUAAUGAUGAUGCUCUCUCUCUCUCUCCUUUUUUUUUUCUUUUUUUUUUUUGGUUGUGGUCGGGUGGGGAUUGGUGGGGGGUUGGCUUCAUUUGACAAAGCAAACGAGAAUGUUGUGGUU